GUGUUUUGUACCAUACAGUACAUUCCAUAUGGAGCUCUAGAACCCGCCAGUUUUCCACGAAUUCCAAUGUUGUUUACAAAACCCAAACCCUUUCUCUUGACAAAGCUAAAAUCAGUAGUUUUAGCAGAAAAAAUUCACUAACAAUCAACAACAAUGAUAAUCGAAAAAGUGGAAUUAAAAACAGGAAAUGCAUCAACAUCACCUACUAAUUACUCGCCUUUCAAAAUAGGCGAUGAAGUUGAAGUUACCAGAGAAGAAAUAGGUUUUACUGGAGCUCUUUACGAAGCUAUCAUUGUUGAACCACUCAAACCAGCAGGUUCGGGUCCGAACCUAAACCCGACCCCAAAAAAAGAAAAUAAAAAAAGGGGUUUUUGGGUUGAGUAUAAGCAUUUGUUAUCUGAUGAAAGUGAAUCCAAACCUAAACGUGAGUUCGUUCGGAAACGGAGCCUAUUAAGGCCGGUCCCACCGUUAAAGUAUGAGGGGCGGAGGUUUAUUCGAGUGCAUGAUGUUGUUGAUGCAUUUUAUCUUGCAGGGUGGUGGACUGGUGUUGUUGUUAAGGUUGUUGGUCAUGGUGAUGGUGAUGGUAAUGGUUGUAAGUUUAGGGUUGCUUUUAAGGAUCCAGAUGAGGAAAUUGAGUUUGAUGAACAUGAAUUGAGGCUCCAUCUUGAUUGGGUAGGUGGAAAUAAUUGGGUCCGUCCCGGUGAAAAGAUGCCUCUUCAAUUGGGAACUUCAAAUGCUGCAUUAGAUCACACCAUCAACGAAACAACCUCUUCCAACAAGAAACUGGAAAUGGAGAUUAGGAGUGAUGGGGUACGGCCUCCAAAGAAGUUAAGAAGUAGAAAACAUAGGGUAGAAGCUUUGGAGAAUCAAGAAUUUCCCAGGCCUUUGGUAUCUGGGAAGGCAUUUACUAGAAAACCAAGAACACUUGGUUCAAUAGAUAAUCAAUCAAGUCAUGCAAUGGAAGAAAGUAAAAAUUGUUCGUCAACUGAGAUCACUCGUUCUAGUGGGGACUGCAAUAAACUAGUUGAAGAGGGUGUUGAUAGAGAGCUGAACAAAGAGGAUAUUGAAAAUGUGGUUGAUGUGGGAAUCCUAGCGCCCUGUGUCCGCUCUCUCAAGCGCACCAGAGAUGAGGAUGGGAAGCAAAGUGAUUCCAAAUUUCAGAUUGUUGAGGGUACCAGAGAAAGAAGUACCGUGGACCUGUCUGCCCAUAGAUCACUUGCUGUACCACCAGGUAUGGAGAAACAAUUACUUGAAAGCACUCUCCAUGACUCGGUUAAUCAACAGAAUGCAAAUCAAGCUGAGUUAUCUUCAACUAAAACUAGUGGGAUAAAUACUUCAGCAGGAGUCUCUGCUGCAGCAGUCCAACAAUGUGCUGGUCCCACUACCCAACAACCUAAAAAAAUGCCAAAUGCUGAACUUAGUUCCAUCACGCCUGAGCCGAGUCUGGCACUGCCAUUUAAGAAGAACUCUGCUCUUUGGAGAGAAUUUGAAUCUAUGGAAAUAUUUGCAAAAAUUCCACAAAAUCCACAUUUUUCGCCUUUAAUACAAUAUGAGGAGAAGAAAAGGGAAGAAGUAGCUUUACUAAAGAUGACAAACUAUGCUUUUUUCGUUGAGAGGAUACCCAAAUUAACCGUUGCUGAACUUAAUAGUUCAGAUCUCAUUAGUGACAUGCUGGACUCUAUCAAGGACUUGGAGGAGUAUGGAUUUGAUCUAGUGCCGGUUAAACGUCAUUUGAAGGAUUUGCUGUCGAACAACGAGAGGCAAACUCACCUUCGAAACAAGUUGGAAGAAGAAGAGGGCAAAAUCAGAAAAUGCUAUUCUCACAAAGCGAUAGCUAAAAUUGAGAUUAACAAGAUUGCUUUGAAGAUAAGGGAUCUAGAGAAAGAACUUAUGUCAGCCAAGAACGUGUUAGAGACGAUGGAUAAUCAUAUCAAGGUAUCGAAAUCUGUAAAGGGUGCCAUUUGUGAUGACCUUCGUCAUGUUGAGCGUGAUAUUGAAGGAACAGUUGCUUCAGUGAAGCAGAUCUUCAGCUGAAAGAGAAUUUCAACGUUUGUAAAUCUUCAUCUGAAAGAGAACUGAUUUGUAGAAAUGUUGGUAAGUUAAGAAAUCCUUGCUGUCUGCAGUUUAGAUAAUAUGUUUUUCAUUAUAAACAAAUUUGGUACAGAAGUUUUUCAUUAUGAAACCAUAUUUUUGUAAAUAAGUUUCGCUGUUUGGUGC